AUGAUUGUAAAUCUUGGAUUAGCAAAGGAAUUGGAAUUCCAGCAUACAUGUUUUAGAUAUUUGGAAUUCUAUGAUCAAACUGUACCUAGUAUAAUUGAAUUUGCUUGUCAAGCUUUAGCUAUUCAUGAAAAUAAUGCUUUCUUUGAACCUUGUCGUAUACUUCCGAACAAAUCUGGUACUAUCGUAAAAGAGACUUGGUUUCCGGGUGUACAUAGUGAAAUAGAAAAUAUUGGAGGUUUAUUAAUGCAUGAUAAUAUCGAGUCUUAUCGUGCUCGAUUCUCUCCUGCUGAUAUUGGACCUUCUUGGCCACUACGUGGCCCAUUUUCAUCCAAUCAUUCGGUCCUGUGACCGAUAUAGCUACUCCCUCAUCCAAUAACUAUUUAAUAUACAAAUUUUGAUCACUUUAUUAUAAAAUAAUAAAUAAGAUACACGAAAAAGGUCUCAGUUGCUUACGUCAUACAUAUCCAAUAACUUUAUUAUCAGUCAUGUUUAUGAAUUAUGAUAACUGAUUUACCACUAGGAUUGCUAU